UCAAGAACAAGUGAAGGAGAAAACAAUUUCGCCAAGAAGCAGGGUGAAAAUAAGAGAAGUCACGGAAACAGAGAAAAAAGUUACCAUGAAAACAAAGAUUAUGGUCAGUUUAUUUAGGCAGAAGGAAUUAUUGAAGAAGGAUAUUCUAAGGAAACGAGCUCAGUUAGAGAAGGAGCUGCAGUUUGAGAUUCAAAGAGAAGUGGCCGAAGAGUUGGCAGCUAGAACGAAAAUAGAAAGAACCAAGCAAGAAGAGGUUCGAACAGGCAGCAGCAAAAGGAAAUCGGCUGCCACAGCGACUACCGCAGCCAUUGCGCCGCCCACACCUAAGACGACAGUGACGCGUCACCAGAGGAAAGGGCAAAAGCAGCCUGCGCAAGGCAUCUCUCCGCCCACGGCUUCCGGCCCGAAAGGCGCCGGUCUCAAGCGGGAAAAAGUGUAUUGCAUAUGCAGGACUCCUUACGAUGAAACCAAGUUUUACGUCGGUUGUGAUUUGUGUAAUAACUGGUUCCACGGCGAUUGCGUCAACAUUACGGAGGAGAGCAGUAAAACGUUGACCGAGUUCAUUUGUACGGAGUGCAAGCAAGCCAGGGAUACUCAUAAGUUGUACUGUUUGUGUCAGCAGCCCUACGAUGAUUCUCAGUUUUAUAUAUGCUGCGAUCGAUGCCAGGACUGGUUCCACGGAAGGUGCGUUGGAAUUUUGCAGUCAGAAGCAGACAACAUCGAUGAAUACAUAUGCCCACGAUGUCAAAGGAAUAAUUCCGUAAACUUUGCCAACAUGAAAGACUUGUCGCACAAGGACUUUGAGGGUCUGCGUAAAUUGAUAAAACAAUUACAGGUAAGGCCGGUUUUUGUUUGUCAUUUCGGUGAAUGAGAAUAUUUUUGUUUA